AUGGACAUAGUAUCUUUCAGUGCUGCGAUUUCUUCCUGUGUCCGAGAAGGCGAGUGGCAACAAGCAUUGUUGCUUUUGUGCGAGAUGCAGCGGGCGAGAGUUUCGUUGAACACUUGGACAGCCAAUGAAGUGAUGGCCUCCUUCGCAAAGGCAGUAAAAUGGCAGCUAGCAAUUCAAAUCUUCACCGUGGAGCCAAACUUAUCCAGUCAAAAAAUGUGGUCAAUGCUUCUGGAACGCGCUGGCCAGAACUUCGUCGGAGUUCAAGGAGCUGGCUUUGGCGCUGACGCGGUGGACCCUGGUGCUGAUAUCACAAGUUCAUCGCCAUGUCGUUGCAGCCCGGCAGACUUCGAGAGUUUGGAUGCUAUUUGGCAAUCUGAGCAGGUCCGCACCGCUGUGGAGCAGGAAUGCAAGUCUUUGCACAGAAGCACUGAGAAGCCGAGGCGACAUAUGGAUGGCGGGUUAGGAGAUGGACCAUGUGGAGGGCCAAUAGGCUCUGAAAGCCCAAGCAUGACGAGCAAAGGCAAUGGGAAAUGCAUUGGCAUGGGGAACGGUUGCGGCAUGGGAGGAAUGUGUGGUGGCAUGGGUGGAAUGGGUAUGGGAGGGAUGGGAGGCAUGGGCAACAUGGGCAACAUGAGCAACAGCAUGGGCAACAUGGGGAUGGGGAAGGGUGGGAUGGGAAGCAUGGGAAGCAUGCAGAUGGGCAACAUGGGCAACAUGGGCAACAUGCCCAUGGGGAAUAUGGGCAUGGGUGGAGUGGAUGUUUGCCUGGCAACAUGCCUGGAGGCAACAUGGGUGGAAUGGGCAUGGGAAUGGGCAUGCUUGGACAUUCGGAAUCAGAUGAGAGAAUUAGGUCAGGUCUUGCUCAAACUCACCAACAUCAUGCUUGAUGUUGCUGAGGCAAUGAUGGGCAUGAUGAUGGGGAUGCAGGCUGCGAUGCAGACUGGCAGUGAAGCUGCUGCCGAUGCAACUCCAACCAUCAAGUCCGAAGAUAAGCAUGUAGAUCCUCGAGUCAAAGCAAUAUGCAAUGACUUUGGCAUUAGCGGUGACACGGUCAUGAGGCUGAAUGAUGCCAUGAGGGAACGAGAAGACUACGAUGAGGAUUUGCAAGCCCUCCACAAACUGAUGGAGCGAGCCACGAAGGAUGGCAAGAAGCCUCUUGAAGUGAUGCUUGCCCAGAUUCGUGCCAUACGUGCAAACCGGUUUCCUGGGAAGGAGUUGCUGGAUCCUGACAUUUGGGAGUUCAUUGUGAAGUACAAUUUAGAUGACCGUGUCAUGAAUCGCCUCAUUGAGACGCUGAACAAGCGGAGGGGCAAAAGCAAAGAGACCCUGGAGGCAUUGAAUGACCGCUUAGGGAACGCUCAGCAGCCUACAGGCCUUGGGCUUUUGGUCCGGCUGCUUGAGGGCCUAGACGAGACGGGUAGAUUACCCUCGCCACCCAGACGCUUGGGUGGUUCGGGUACAUUCCGGCCGACUGGAACAUUCUUGCACCCAGCUGCAUCGUCGCGGGAGGCUCGUGAAGCCCGGGAAAGAGAGCAGGAAAGAAGUGAGGCACUUGGUACAAGGCUGUCCGUUUGA